AUGGCUGAGCAGCAGAAGGGUGUUCUCGCCCAGGGCGUACAAAACUUCAAGGACAUCUUCCACUGGAAGGUUCGAUCCACCAUCAUCAAUGAGAAUGGUGAGGAGGAGGUUACCUGGGAAAAGCCAACACUUCCUCCUAACCCCUUCCGCCUCCUCGCCAUGCUUGGUGCCGCCGGUUGGGGUGCCUACCUAGUUGGUUUCAGCGCCUGGACUGCAGACGCCUUCGACUUCCACGCUCUCUCUAUUCAAACCACCAAGCUGGCCAAGCACUUUGAUGUCUCCAAGACCAAGAUUACCGAAGCCAUUACCUUGACCCUUCUCCUCCGAUCCGUUGGUGCCGCCGUCUUCGGUAUCUGUUCCGAUUACUUCGGUCGAAAAUACCCCCUUGUUCUCAACAUGUGGGCCCUUGGUGCCCUCCAGGUCGCUUCCAUCUACUGCCGCACCUUUAACGAGUUCCUUGCCGUUCGUGCUCUUUUCGGACUUUUCAUGGGUGGUGUGUUUGGGGCUGCAUCGUCCUUGGCCAUGGAGUCCAUACCUCCCGAGGCUCGUGGUCUCUUCUCCGGUUUCUUCCAGCAAGGUUAUUCGUUCGGAUACGUUCUGGCUGCCUGCGUCAAUCUCGGUAUUGGUGGUGCCACCAGUACCUGGUCCAUAAUGUUCUGGGUCGGAGCUGGCUUCUCCUUCGUCGUUGGCUUCCUCCGUCUCCUCUGGCCCGAGUCCAAGCAGUUCAUUGAGGCCCGCAAGGCCACCAAAGGUCAGGGCACCAAGAACUUCCGCAAGUCGUUCACCGCCAUGCUUUGCAAGGAGUGGAAGGUUUGCAUCUUCGCCAUCAUUAUCAUGUCCUGGUUCAACUGGUUCUCUCACUCUUCGCAAGACUCAUACACCACCUUCAUGCUUACCGGCAAACAGCUCAACAACGCUGCUGCUUCUAGGGCAUCGAUUUUGAUGAAGACCGGCGCAUGUGUUGGCGGUCCUAUCUGGGGCUACAUGUCUCAGUGGAUCGGCCGUCGACGUGCUAUGAUCAUCGCCUGCCUCAUCUGCUGCUGCAUCAUUCCUGCCUGGAUUCUUCCCAACUCCGAAAGCGGCCUCGAGGCUGGUGGAUUCCUUCUUCAGGCUUGCGUCCAAGGUGCUUGGGGUGUGGUUCCCAUCUACCUCUCCGAGAUCUCCCCUCCCGCCUUCCGUGCCGUUUUUGUUGGUCUUACCUACCAGCUCGGCAACGCCAUCUCCUCUCCUUCCACCCAGCUCAUCAACUACCUCUCGGAGAACAACUUCAUGCGCGCACCAAACGGAAAAAUGGUGGAGGCUUACGGCCCCGUCAUGGGCAUUGCUACCGCUAUCAUCGCCAUUGGCCUGGCCAUCACCGCCUCUGUUGGUCCCGAGAAGAAGGGUGCUCGCUUCGAGCGCGCUGCUGCUGCCACCGCGGGUGUCGAGCCCCAGCUUCCUGUCUACAACAAGGAGCAGGACUUCGACAACAACUCCGAGACCAAGUCGGUCGACCUCGUUCAGACCCAGAACGUCAUCUCCAAGUAA